AUGAACCGAUGGUCCACUUACCUGUUGGGGUGGACCACCUUCCUCCUCUACUCCUACGAGACAAAUGGAGAUGGCCAGGCUCCGUGUGUCUUUCCCUUCAUCUACAAGGGGUCUGUUUACUUCUCUUGCACCAAAAAAGGUAGCCUUUCACCUUGGUGUGCAACCAAAGCGGUAUAUGACAGACACUGGAAGCCAUGCUUGGUGGAAGAUUACCCACGAUGUAUCUUCCCCUUCAUCUAUCGGGGAAAGUCCUACAGCAACUGCAUCACGGAAGGCAGCUUCUUUGGAAAGCUGUGGUGCUCAGUCACCUCCAAUUAUGAUGAGAUGAAGCAGUGGAAAUACUGUGCAAUCAAUGAGUUCGGGGGGAAUUCCCUCAGCAAGUCCUGCAUCUUCCCCUCCAUCUACAGAAACUCUGUGAUCUCUGAAUGCAUUGAGAACGAAGACAACAAGCUCUGGUGUCCAACCACAGAGAACAUGGACAAGGACGGACUGUGGAGUUUCUGUGCUGACAUCA